AGGACAUGAAAGAAAGAGAGGAACACAAGCAAUAUUUGAUUUCCCCUCACACUCCUGGAAAAGAGAUUCCUUACAUGUCCCACACACUUUUGCCUUUCACAUAUUCCCCUUCUAAGUGCACGAAUAAAAUGCCACCUAUUCUGAUUCUCUCUUUGGACAUGCUCAUUCUCUUCUCUCCUCAUCCUCCUUCUCCAAUCUCUUCACAUUAGUUCAUCAUUCCAAGCUUUGCCUGAUGAUUCCAGCAGAAUUGGAGAAGCCUCGGGUCACAGAGAUACAUGUCCGGAUGGACUGUAAUGGGUGCGUACAGAAGAUCAAGAAGGCGCUACAUGGCAUUAAUGGCAUAUAUGAUCUCUACAUUGAUUUCCCACAACAGAAAUUGACAAUUGUUGGUUGGGCUGAUCCUGAAAGGAUUGUCAAGGCCAUUAGGAAGACCAGAAAAAAUGCCACCAUCUGUUCACAUAAAGAGCCAUCAUCAGACGAACCUUCUCAGCCCACAGAACAAGCCCCCAACGGCGGCGCACCACCGCCUGCGGAGGCAACAAACCCUUCCCAACCUGAGGCCCCACCAUCAGAACCACCAAAGGAACCUCUGCCUCAGGAAAAUCCCCCGCCGCCUCCACCUCAGCAAGCGGAAAAUCCGCAGCCGGAUGCAAACCCGCCUCCAGCUGCUGCCGCCAACCCCCAACAAGGUCAACCGCCUCAGCAAGAAGACCAGUCACCGCAACCCUCCAUGCCUAAGGACGUGGGCGAGGUUCACGUAUUAUACCAUCACCCCCCAGACUACGGUUACAGACCUUACGGCUACAACUGUGGCUACAACGGCCACUACUACAGGUACCCGAGCAGCAGCAGCCACCAAACAUUCCGACACGAGCCGCCGCCGCCGCCGCCGCCGCCGCCGGUCUACGUGACUCACAGCUACAACACAUACAAGCCGUCACCUUAUGUCACCGAAUACGCGUACAUGAGAUCACCGCCACCACAAUACAACUACAGUCAAUACCGGAGCAUAGACCAUUAUGGGGAGGCGUCCUACAGCAGCUAUGCCGGUGCCGCUGGGAGCGGAAACAUCACUUCGAUCUUCAGCGACGAGAACCCGAAUGCUUGCAGGGUGAUGUGAGAGAAUUGUCUUGAGGGAGAUUGGCACGAUCAAAGCAACGCAGACUGUUCUUGGCCUUGGACUCAAGGAGGGUGUGGCGAAAGAGAAGAGGUUAAUCCAAACUAGGAAUAAUUUUGUAGAACAAUAAAAUCUGGGUGGCCCGCAGUGUUUUGUUGGAUUAGCAUUCGAGGAAAAGAAUGAGAUUCCUAGCUUGUAAGUGCAGGAAGAAUCGAACAUCUGAUGAGAAAGUCGAAAAUUGAAACUUGAAAGUCCAACCCCAAA